GUUUUCGAAAAUAUCUCUUUCUCAGCUGUCACACGAAAUUUUAUGGCAGCACUGCGCCUCCACCAUCUUAAAAAAAACCUGGCUUCCUUCAAUACGAAAAAAUUUCAUAUAAUUCUAGUGUUAAAAGUAUAGUUAUUAGGUCAAAAUUGGUGAUAUUGUAGACUGAUUGCUGUCGGGAGGUGUUUUAUCCAAUCGGCGCUCCGUCAGACAUAUGUCUAUCGCCGAUAUAGCACCACAAAAUUAAGAAUGACAUUGCCCAGCACAGCACGAGUCUAUGCGGAUGUGAAUUCUCAUAAACCGCGUGAAUAUUGGGACUAUGAGAACUAUGGAGUGGACUGGGCGAAUCAGGAUGAUUACCAAUUAGUGAGAAAAUUAGGCCGGGGUAAAUACAGUGAAGUAUUUGAAGCAUAUAAUGUGACCAACAACGAAAAAUGCGUGGUGAAGAUAUUGAAGCCAGUCAAAAAGAAGAAAAUUAAACGUGAAAUUAAAAUAUUGGAGAAUCUCCGCGGGGGCACCAAUAUUAUAACAUUACUGGCAGUGGUAAAAGAUCCUGUGUCCCGAACACCAGCUCUUAUCUUUGAGCACGUCAACAAUACAGACUUCAAGCAGCUGUACCAGACCCUCACGGACUAUGACAUCCGCUUCUAUCUGUAUGAGCUCCUGAAGGCACUUGACUACUGCCACAGCAUGGGUAUCAUGCACCGUGAUGUGAAGCCCCACAAUGUGAUGAUUGAUCAUGAAAACAGGAAGCUCCGCCUGAUCGACUGGGGCUUGGCGGAAUUUUACCAUCCGGGGCAGGAGUACAAUGUUCGUGUGGCCAGUCGUUACUUUAAGGGGCCCGAACUCCUUGUGGACUACCAAAUGUACGACUAUUCGCUGGAUAUGUGGUCUCUGGGUUGCAUGUUGGCCUCAAUGAUAUUCCGGAAAGAGCCCUUCUUCCACGGCCACGACAAUUAUGACCAGCUUGUGCGCAUCGCCAAGGUUCUCGGCACAGAGGAGUUGUACGCCUAUCUAGAUAAGUACAACAUCGAACUAGAUCCUCGAUUUAAUGAUAUCCUCUCGCGGCACUCGCGUAAACGAUGGGAGCGUUUUGUUCACUCGGACAAUCAGCAUCUUGUGUCACCAGAGGCGCUUGAUUUCCUGGACAAACUGUUGCGCUAUGACCACUAUGAUCGUUUGACUGCACGCGCCGCCAUGGAACAUGCCUACUUUUUGCCCAUCAUCAACGGACAGAUGCCGCCGUCCAAGGGAAGCAAUCAAUAAUCCAUCAACCUCAACUCCACCAAAUCCUCCGGCGGCGCCAGCAACAUCAGCAUUACACGGACCAACGACACCACCAAUCAGACCCACAGUUGAUGACACUCCCUUAUGAUUCACCACUAUUUGCAGAGGACAGAUCUCUUUCUGGAUGCAGCCCACGGUCCUCAUUACAAACCGAAAGAUAUAACCUUCAUUUUUUCGUAAGAUGAUUCAAAGAAGGUUCAGUCACAUAUUCUGAAUCUUACCCAUCAUAUUCAUCAAUGCAAGAGAAACUCAUCUGCAAAUAGUGGAAAGACACUGAAAAUUUUCCAGAAAAUCCGCAGGAAGGAUGUUCACUGCAUCUUACUGUAUUAUAGAAUUCAUUUAUUCUAAAUUAAUGCUCAACUCACAAUAACUUUUGUUUUAUAAACAUAUUUUUGAGAUUUCAGUGAGAGUGAAUGAAAGCUAGAUCUAGUCAUCUUGCUCACUCUUAUAGGAAAUUUUGAAAACACGUUUACAAAUAAAAGUUAUUGUGCGCUAGGCAUAAUACGGUUUGUCUAAUAUUUUCAUUUAAAAAAUUUAUUAUUAAAUAGUCCUGUCUUAGAAAAUACUAUCAAAAAAAAAAAGAUAAAUGGCUGAUGUGUGCUGUCUACGCGAAAAACUUUGUCCUGGGAAAUGGAAUUAACUUGCUUCAUUACUGAGUCAUCCUUUUCCUUUCAAUAUAUCUGUAAUUUCAAACUCUAAUCAUUGUGGGGAUACAUGCUGGAAAAUAUUGUCGAUACAGAACUGAAAAUUGUACGCAUUAUUACACAGAAGAAAAAAAAAGAAAUUGUUUAAAAAAAAUGCUUUUCCACAAAUAUUUCGAAUAGUGAUGUCGCAAAAGGACGAAAUUUGUCUAAUGUUUUAUUCUUUCAUUUUUUUUCUGCCCUUCAAUUAGUGACAAAUUGAGUAACAUAAUGUGUAAUAAGAGUAGAUAAUGAGAGGAUUGAGUAAUGGAAAUAUUCCACAGAGAAGCUAGACGACAAAAGCGCGAUCAAACAAGUACUUCUUUUCAAUGGAAAAAAUUGAAAAUAAAAAAAUAAAAAAUAAAUAAAGAAAAACUAGGAGAUACGAAUUGAAAUAAAGUGAGAAAACAGUCAUUAUAUUUGUGAGUAAUUUUUAUUAAAAGAAAAAAAAAAAAGAAAAAUCAAUGUGUAAUAAUAAAAUGAAUGGUUAAUAAAAUGAAAUUGGAAUAGAAAUUUUUGUCAUAAAACACCGUGAAAUUCAAGAAUAAAGAAACAAUUUAUUGCAUUAUAGAUUUAAAAAAAAAAAACUCCUCUGUUAGUAGAAAGACACUUUGAACUUUCUUUUGAAAUUUAGUAAAUGAGUAAAGUGUUAGAUUAUUGCAUUUAUAGUAGACAAUAUUUUCUACACACUAUUCAGAGGAAGUUGAUCAAAUGAAUAUGUGAGAGAUUUUUCUGCAAUUAAAUGCUAUUACUACACAAUAUACACACCUUUUUUUUGUCAAUGUUGAUGGUGAAAGAGUUGGGAGAAAAGAAAGUGGGAUAUUUUCUUUUAUAGUCAAACAAUUAAUACAAGUUAGUAAUUUUUUGCAACCCCCAAUUUGUUUAAUACUUUGCCUCAGCAUUCACUUUUGUUGCAAUAAAAUGCUUACACAAGUAAGCUAAAAGAGUUGCUGAUAAAAAAUUAUCCACAAGACAUAUUGUAAUACUAUCACUUAUUAAAUGAUUGACGUGAGGCAAAAUUUUGUAUAUUAAUAUGUUUACUUGUAGAAUUCUAUUUGAAUAAAUAGAAUUAUUACAUUCGAAAAAUGUGCUGUAGUCAGGAAAAAAACACAAAAAUUAUUUUAAUUAAUUUUGCGGCUUAAUUUUUUUUUUAAAUCUUACUGCAUAUUUAUAGAAAAAAUGGUGAAAAAAAGCGAAAGGUUUAGCGACGAAAAGUAAUAAACAAAACAACAACUCUGCUUUUGAAUAUUAUCGAAUAGAUAAAAUUUGGGGGUCGAUAGUAAUCAAAAGGUAAUUGAAGAAACUAAAGGGAAGAUUCAGAAAAAAAAGUAACAAGAUCUACUUGAAAUCUAUGUUAAUUUUUUACACAAUAUAUAAAUAUAUACAUAUAUAAAUUAAAAUAAAAAUAGGAUAUGUAGGUAACAAAUAAUUAAUAUAUUACAAAAAAAAGGAAAAUUGAAAAGAUGCAGCGUAUGCUGAAAAAAAUGAUUGAGUUAAACUAUUCUUAAUUGAUUUUCCUUUAUUUUCUAAAAGUGUGAAAAUUUUUAAGGCUCGGAGAAAACAUUUUACUUAGGAAAAAUAAAUAUUCAAAGGACAUUAAAAAAAACAACAAAACACCAUAUGCGACAAUUAAAAAAAAUGUGUAAGCAACAAUUUGUAAAAUGAUUUUACUAAAUUAUGUUAUUUAAAAAAAUAAAAUGAAGUGAAGGAAGAAAAUAAAAGUGAAAGUGCACGAUGAGACGAAAGAAAAAAAAUAAUAAUUACUAUUAAUGAUGGCAAGUAUAAUAUAAAAGUAAUAGAACUCCUUAUAUACAUAUUUAAAAAAAAAGAAGAAAUUAAAUGAUGAAAAGAGAUGAAAAUGAAAGUAAAUAAUAAAUUUACGGUUUUGUUAACCGUUGCAUUUUCUUAUAAUUUGUAAACUACUGUAUUGGAAGUAUAUGAAGAAUAAUAAAGAUAAAAUUCUA